GUCUCUUCAGGACUACUUUAGCCCAAUGCCGCAGAGGCCUAUCUCAGCCGCCAGAAGCCGGACUCGUCCCAGGGCCAGCUCAGCCACCAGAGGGUUGCCUAACAUUGGCAACACUUGCUUCCUUAACGCCACCCUGCAGUGCCUUCUGGUCCUGCCUUACUUCUCAAAGGAAAUCCUACGCCAGGAACAACUCUGGAGCUCCUCCCCCUUCUCCAACCUGCUCAGGGCUCUGUCUGAUGUGCACUGUUCGCGUCUACCUGACAGUGGCGCAAACCAGGCCUCAAAAGCAGACCUCAUGUGGAAGGUCAAGUGCUCCUUGUCAGGACAAGAUUUGAAGUAUCUGGGGGACUCGCAACAGGAUGCACACGAGUUACUUGUGAAUAUGCUGUGCCAGCUGAAGGAGGAGGGCAUGACACUGAAGAUGCUCGGGGGGAGCUAUACCUGCCCUGUUUCCCAGCUGGAGUUCCAGCUUGUGUCGGUGCGCACAUGUACCAGCUGUGGGCGCGAGUCGUCCACCAGAGAGGACUACAACAACCUCUCAUUGGACUUCAGCCCUGAGCGCACCUUGCUGAGCAGCCUAGCACUCACUUUCAAGGGCGAAAAGGUUGAAUUCACAUGUGAGGGCUGCAAAGGCCUCCAGGCCUCAAAGGUGGAGCAGUUCCACACACUGCCUCUUGUGCUGGUUCUGCAUCUGAAGAGGUUUGGAGGACCUGGGGGGUUGGAGAAGCUGGAGGCUCCUCUUUUGUUUCCUCCAGAGCUGAGGCUCUCUGAUCUCUGUGGGGACAUGGUGCCACCCCUGCACAGUGCCAGCCCACAGGCUCUCACCAACCAGGCUCCCAGCAUCCUGGUGUCCAUCCCCCAGACCAAAACCAGCCAGGUCUCCAGCCCCCAGACCCUCACCAGCCAAGUCUCCAGCCCACCUGGACAGGCCAAAGACAGUGCCCUCUGCUGUUCAGAAGCAGCAGCCAGUGAAGUCAGUGAAUGGCUACUACCAGCUGACUGGCGUAGUCUCUCAUUUGGGAGGCCUCGCAAACUCCGGGCACUACGUUAGUGACAUCCUGAAUGCCAGUGGAAACUGGUUCUGUUGUAACGAUAGCCAGGUGUCAAUGUCCAGUGAAGCCACUGUGCUGAGGACACGAGCCCGGAGUGCUUACCUGCUCUUCUAUAUGUUCAGGACAGGAGAGCAGCAGGCCCCAGCACACAGGGCCUAAUAGGGCCACCAGCACCAGCCUCAACAGGGGCAGAACCUGGCCCAGCCUCAACACCCCAAGCCCAGACUCAACACCCAUAGCCCAUCCUCAACACCCUCAGCCCAGCCUCAACACCCUCAGCCUAGCCUCAACACCCUCAGCCCAGCUUCAACACCCUCAGCCUAGCCUCAACACCUUCAGCCCAGCUUCAACACCCUCAGCCCAGCCUCAACAGGGGUAGUACCAGGCCCAGCUUCAACACCCCCAGCCCAGUCUCAACAGGGGUAGAACCAGGCCCAGCCUCAACACCCUCAGAUCUGCCUCGACAGGGGCAGCACUGGGCUCAGCCUCAACAGGGGCAGCACUGGCUCAGCCUCACACCCCCAGCCCAGCCUCAACACCCCCAUGUUUGCCCCUCUUCAUGUCUUUCCCUGACGAUAUUCCCACUGCUGUGUCAAAAAAUAAAAUAAUAACUUAACGAAUCUGAUUUCCGAUCUCCCCCCACCAUAAAUGAUGACUGGUCUGUCAAUCAUGCGGCUCAAGGGAGACUUGCUCUUCAACACUAGCAUGAGCAUCCUUUUCAGUAGCGUACAUCAUAAAUAUCUGCCCUUGUUUCGACUACUUGUAUAAAGCGCAUUGAAAAACUAAUAAAGUAUACACACUAAAUGUAGUACACAUG